CUGAGUUGGCUGUGUUCGUAUCCCUUGCUUUUGGUGGCUCCGUGGAAUUGUUCAAUUUCUGGAAGCAGAUGAAACGAGUGGAUAGUUUUUUGAACCUCGUUUAAUUUACUACGCGAAGUUGCUUGUGUGAUUGUCAAAAACAUAUUUUCAGCACCGAGUUAUUCUUUCUUUAGUUCGACGCCAUGGAUUCCGCUAAUCAAGACAUCAAUCUGAACUCUCCAAAUAAAGGUAUGUCUACAGACCAUAUGACAGAUGUAUCUGUGGAGGGGGCAACAGGGACUGCCUCUGGCCCCAUGCCUCCAGGCCUGACAGAAGAAGAGGCGGAGGAACUAAGAUCUGAACUCGCCAAGGUGGAGGAAGAGAUCCAUACGCUGAGACAGGUUCUGUCAGCCAAAGAGAGACAUGCAUCUGAACUGAAGAGAAAGCUUGGACUGAGCCCUCUAAAUGAGCUCAAACAGAACAUCACCAAAAGCUGGCAGGAUGUGCAGACCUCACAGGCGUAUAAAAAGACUCAGGAAACUCUGUCCCAGGCAGGACAAAAGACCUCUGCAGCUUUGUCCACCAUGGGCACUGCUAUCAGCAGGAAACUGGGAGACAUGAGAGCUCUGCCUUUCUCUCAUUCUUUUGGCAACUACUCCAUUCGUCAUUCCAUAAGUAUGCCAGCAAUGAGGAACUCUCCAACCUUCAAAUCAUUUGAGGAUAAAGUUGGAACCAUCAAGUCUAAGGUGGUAGGAGGGAGGGCUAAUGAUGGGGAGGUCAGCUCCCCCACCGAGACGAAUCCCACAAAGGAAGGCGCGCCGUUCUGAACCAUCUCACAGACACUCCACAAGACUGUACAGACACUUCAUCUCUGAGUGAUUCCUGAGCCCCUGACCUUUCCCCUCCACAGCCGCCAACACUCUCUCUCUCUCCUGUCUCUCUCCUGUCUGCCACCGCCUCUUCACACACUGCUCGCAUGUGCUUCUCCCAUCACUUCAUCUCACACUUUAUUGUAAAAACAAAAUGCAGGUUAAACACACAUCAAAUCAACAGAAGUUGUAAAAAGAAAAGAAAAAAAAAAGGAGAAAAAUUAAACCAUUUUGUAUUAUAAACUAUUUUACACUGCUUUGCAUAAUGUUUUUACAUGACGUUUAUCUACAUAUAAAUAGAAAUAUAUAAAAAUAACUAUAUUUAAGCAGUACUGCCAAGCAGAAUAUCAUCAGUAGGUGGCGGGACUCAAUAUAAAAGGAAACAAAAAUGACAAUUUGAUGAUUUGGGGAGGAAUACAAAACUAAUAGGAAUAUAUAUUUUAAAAAAUGCUGCAGUUUUCUAUGCUGCUGAGCGUUCCUCUUCAGUUCUUUUUUACUCUGAGUACAAUGUGAAGCUUGGCUUUGCUGUACGCUGGUGAAUGUGGAAUCCUAUCUCUCUCUCUCUCUCUGCCUUACACUAACACGCGUUAUUGCUUUAUCUGUCGAUUUUUAAAAGGUCAAAAAAUGUUAUGCUGAAAUUCUUUCCCCUUCUCUUCAUCCCUUUUUUUUUGCCUUUGUGUCUGUCUCCUUCUGGGUUUACACAUAAAAUUGAUGAGGAAGAAUCUCACUUAGGUUAUGUAGUUGCUUGCCUUUUUUGUCUUGGAGAAUAAAAUGAAGGAGAGAACACUGAUGUCACAGAGGAAGUAAUGGAACCUUGAUUCAGGAGCCAAUAGAACGUUGAGCUUCAUUAGAACCAAAAGAGUCUAAAGCUCGUAGUGCAGCAUUUACUUCAUUAGAGAGUCUUAAAAGAGUCUCUGCAAGUGCUAUGCUCCCAGUUUUGUGCCAAGCUAAUGUAGAAUUUAAAUGCCAUAAAAACCACCUUGCUGUUGUGAUAGAGUAGUCCCCCACUACCACCCUCCAAAUGUCUCACACACACACACAGUCACAAAUAACAAGGUGUCUUUGUUAAAUGGAAUAUGUAAGAGUUUGUGUUCUAGUGUGCACUACCAUAGACAGAUGCAGCUUCUGCUAACUCUUUUGAAAGCUGCUUUUUGUGAAAUCCUAACAAGGCACAACACUAGCACAGCUGCAACUUUGUGUGGCAGUACAUUCACUUCUUUACUGAAUAGAUUGUAUUAUUGGACAAUACAAAAAAAAAAAAAAAAAGAGUCCCCCAUCUUUUGGCCAAAAUAGUCGUGAAUUAAUUUGCCUUUGUUUUCCUUUCUCACUGUUUUUCAGUAAUUUUGUAUGUGUCAGUGAGUUGGAUAGUUUCGGUAGUGAAGAUACAUAUGGAAAAAAAAAUAUAGCACAGUUAUGAUUUUUCCCUCUUUUGGGUGAUAUUUAAGGGACUGCCAUAACUAAAAACAAAACCGCUGCCAAUAUCACAGAGCAGGUAUAGAACGCUACUGGAAUUCAUACAUAAUAAUAACACGCGGAGGUCAGGUAUCUCUGAUGUAGUACAACCAAGUGAAAGAAUACAAGUGAUGUUAAAAUGGGAAAAGUAUUUAACUGGACAGAUGCAUGAACGAAUCACUGUGCUAGCAUAGUAUG